GCGCUUCAAUUGUUAUGUAGCAACUAGCAACUGUGUUUCAUGUGUACUGCUGUAAUCCGUGCAAAGAGUUUGUGUUCGUUUGUAGGCGUGUAAACUGCAAGCAGCAAUAAUGAAUAUAACAUCAGCAGCGGGGAUUAUUUCCCUGUUAGACGAACCCAUGCCGGAACUCAAGGUUUUCGCACUGAAAAAACUUGACUUAAUCGUCGACGAAUUUUGGCCAGAGAUAUCAGAAGCAAUAGAGAAAAUUGAAAUUCUUCAUGAGGACAGGGGCUUCAACCAACAUGAGCUAGCAGCUCUGGUGGCAAGCAAGGUGUACUAUCAUCUGGGAUCAUUUGAAGACUCCUUGACAUACGCCUUAGGAGCUGGAGACUUAUUUGAUGUUAAUGGCCAUAGUGAAUAUGUGGAUACAACUAUUGCAAAAUGUAUUGAUUUCUACACACAGCAGCGUACAGCAAAUGCUGAAGAUGCGAAGAAGAUUGAUCACCGUUUGGAAGCUAUUGUAAAUAGAAUGUUCCAGCGCUGUCUUGAUGAUGGGCAAUACCGCCAGGCUCUUGGUCUAGCACUGGAAACUCGUCGGAUGGAUAUCUUUGAAAGAGCUAUUAAAGAAUCUGAUGACAUAUUUGGAAUGUUAACAUACGCCUUCCAGGUGGCAAUGAGCCUCAUUCAGAACCGUGGAUUCAGGAACACAGUUCUUAGGUCAUUAGUUGAUCUGUAUAGGAAUCUUGCCACUCCAGAUUAUGUUAACAUGUGUCAGUGUCUCAUCUUUCUUGAUGACCCUUUGGCUGUAGCAGAGAUUCUCGACAAACUUAGCAAGGAUACAGAGGACAGUGCACUGAUGGCAUGCCAGAUUGCCUUUGACCUGUAUGAGAGUGCAACUCAGCAGUUUCUUGGCAGAGUCCUCCAGGCAUUAAGAGCCACAGCUCCCAUACCGACUGGUACAAGUGACACCUUGGAGAAAAAGACUGAUACUUCAGAGACCACCACUGCUUCUGCUGGUGAACAGGAAAUAAAAACAGAACGCAAACUUGAAAAUCUGAAUGAAGAUGAGAAGUUACAUCAGUUGCGUAUCGAGAAACUGUCAAGUAUUCUUAGUGGUGAAGUAUCCAUAGAUCUCCACUUGCAGUUUCUCAUUCGUAGCAACCAUUCUGAUAUGCUUAUACUCAAAAACACAAAAGAUGCUAUCAGAGUAUCUAUAUGUCAUACUGCCACAGUUAUUGCCAAUGCUUACAUGCACAGUGGCACGACGAGUGAUCAGUUCCUUCGAGACAAUUUAGAAUGGUUAGCAAGAGCAACAAAUUGGGCCAAAAUGACGGCUACAGCAUCUCUCGGUGUUAUACACAGAGGCCACGAGCAAGAGGCUCUUGCACUGAUGCAGAGCUACCUGCCCCGUGAAGUUGGACCGAGCUCGGGCUAUUCGGAAGGUGGAGGGCUCUAUGCAUUAGGACUCAUACAUGCAAAUCAUGGAGCUCGCAUUAUUGAUUAUCUGCUGGGACAGUUAAAAGAUGCAGAAAAUGAGAUGGUUCGACAUGGAGGGUGCCUUGGCCUCGGUCUAGCUGCCAUGGGAACCAACCGACAAGAUGUUUAUGAGCAAUUGAAAUUCAAUCUGUACCAAGAUGAUGCUAUUACGGGUGAGGCUGCUGGAAUUGCAAUGGGCAUGGUAAUGCUUGGGUCCAAAGCUACCCAAGCUAUUGAGGACAUGGUUGCGUACGCACAGGACACGCAGCACGAGAAGAUCCUCCGUGGACUGGCUGUCGGCAUCGCACUCACGAUGUACGGCCGUCUGGAGGAGGCAGACCCCCUGGCCACGUCCCUCUGCCAGGACAAGGACCCAAUCCUGCGCCGCUCCGGCAUGUACACGAUAGCGAUGGCCUACUGCGGUACCGGCAACAACCAAGCCAUUCGACGUCUGCUGCAUGUUGCUGUGUCUGAUGUAAACGAUGAUGUCCGGAGGGCGGCUGUAACGGGACUCGGCUUCCUGCUGUUCAGGACGCCGGAGCAGUGUCCGAGCGUGGUGUCGCUGCUGGCAGAGAGCUACAACCCGCACGUACGAUACGGCGCAGCCAUGGCGCUCGGCAUCGCCUGCGCCGGUACUGGCCUCAAGGAGGCAAUAGCACUGAUCGACCCUAUGACGAAUGACCCAGUAAACUUUGUGCGGCAAGGUGCGCUCAUCGCAUCUGCCAUGAUCCUCAUCCAGCACUCUGAGCACACGUGUCCUAAGGUCAAAGACUUUCGCGCACUAUAUGCUAAGGUCAUUGUUGACAAGCAUGAAGAUGUCAUGGCGAAAUUUGGUGCUAUUCUUGCCCAAGGAAUAAUCGAUGCUGGUGGGCGCAAUGUGACAGUGUCUCUGCAGUCACGCACGGGCCACACAAACAUGCUGGCUGUGGUGGGUGUGCUGGUGUUCACACAAUACUGGUACUGGUUUCCACUGGCACACUGCCUUGCACUCGCCUUCUCGCCCACCUGCCUCAUUGCACUCAACGCUCAGCUCAAGAUGCCCAAGAUGGAAUUCCGCUCGAAUGCUCGGCCAUCACUGUUCGCAUAUCCGCCCCCACUGGAAGAGAAGAAGCGUGAAGAGCGUGAGAAGGUGACAACAGCCGUACUGAGCAUCGCAGCCAGAGCGCGUCGCCGGCACCGUGAGACUGCUACUACUGCUGCUGCCACUACGUCCGCCGCUGAAAAGAUGGAAGUGGUCAGUAGCGCCGCCCCUGCUGCUCGCAUCCCGACGUCCUUCUCCCUCAAGGAGGAGGACAAGGAUGAAACAAAGGAUAAGAAGGAGGACACAAAGGAUAAAAAGGAUGAGAAGAAGGAUGAGAAGAAGGAUGAUAAAAAAGAUGAAAAGAAGAAAGGUGGCAAGGAUGAAGAAAAAAAAGAAGCUGAGCCAUCAUUUGAAAUGUUAAGCAAUCCAGCUCGUGUUAUGAAACCACAGCUGAAAGUUCUGCAAUUGCCAGAAGGGUGUUCGUACACUCCACUGAAGGACCUGACCAUCGGAGGCAUCAUCAUGGUGCGCCAGCUGCGGCCCGGCGCUGAGGAAGAGCUCGUGGAACCUGUAGCAGCAUUUGGUCCAAAAUCAGAUGAAGACAAGGAGCCAGAACCUCCCGAGCCAUUUGAAUACACGGAGGAUUAAAAGAUAUUUAUUAUUUAUCAAUAAGUUGUUAUUGAACAGUUUUCAAAUUGUGUCAUGAUUGGAAAAGAACUGUUUUGAUAAUAUAGAAAUAAUGCAUUUUUUCUAAAAUAAAUGUAUGUUUUAAGGAUCAAUAAAUGAAAUUUCCCACAAUA